AUAGUAUAAUAGCCAGGGCGGGAUGUCUGCGAUGAUUAACCCGUCUGUAAGGCCAUUGCCAGGCAGUUCGAUCGGUAGCGGGAGCGGAGAGCAGACAGUAGGGAGCACGAAAGGCAGCAGCCCCACCGCCGGCCUCAGUUACCAUCAACACCCCGGGGGGAAGUUAAAGCGAGCCAACCGCCGGCCCGAGUCACCACCUCCGAAGUCAACCAAACUUACACCAUCAAAGACACAAUGAGCAGCGAGGUUGAAACACAAGAGCAGCAGCCAGACGCAUUGGAGGGCAAGGCCGGCCAGGAACCAGCGGCCACCGUGGGGGAGAAGAAGGUCAUCGCAACCAAGGUUUUGGGCACAGUCAAAUGGUUUAAUGUGCGCAAUGGUUACGGCUUUAUUAACAGGAAUGACACCAAGGAAGAUGUGUUUGUACACCAAACUGCCAUCAAGAAGAAUAACCCUAGGAAGUACCUUCGCAGUGUGGGGGAUGGUGAAACUGUUGAGUUUGAUGUAGUGGAGGGUGAAAAGGGUGCAGAGGCAGCUAAUGUAACUGGUCCAGGUGGUGUUCCAGUCCAAGGCAGCAAAUAUGCCGCAGACCGUAAUAAUUACAGACGCUAUCCACGUCGCAGAGGUCCUCCACGUAACUACCAGCAAAACUACCAAAACAGCGAGAGUGGAGAAAAGGCAGAAGGGAAUGAGAGUGCACCAGAAGGAGAGGGUACAAAUCAACAACGUCCAUACCCCAGAAGGCGUUAUCCACCACCAUUCUACUCACGGAGGCCAUAUGGGCGCAGACCACAGUACUCCAAUGUUCCUGUUCAGGGAGAAAGUGCUGAGGUAUUAAUCUAUGGAGCAGAGAGCCAAGGUGCAGGCGAACAAGGCAGACCUGUGAGGCAGAAUAUGUAUAGAGGCUUCAGACCGCAAUUUCGCAGGGGACCACCACGUCAGAGACAACCCAGAGAAGAUGGAAAUGAAGAGGACAAGGAAAAUCAGGGGGAUGAAACCCAGAGUCAGCAGCCACCUCAGCGUCGGUACCGCCGUAACUUUAACUACAGACGCAGACGCCCAGAAAACCCUAAACCACAAGAUGGUAAAGAGACCAAGGCAGCCGAAACAUCAGCUGAGAACACGUCCGCUCCCGAGGCUGAGCAGGGCGGGGCUGAGUAAAUACCGGCUUACCAACUCUACCACCAUCCGGGGCUCUGUAGCUCUGCAAGUUUGUUGCUUAUUUUAAAUUCAGUGGAGAUUCAUUCAAAACUAGGAAGCCUUAAACUGUGCCUCUGGUGGUUUUUGGAAAGUAGAGUACCUUUUGAAAAUGGACUAGUAGAAUCCAGAUUACAGGAAAGGAUCAGAAUCGGUGUAUAAAUAAUAUAAGAGAGAAAUGGUACUUGGAUGAAGCGAAUGAUAAACAGAAAAUUGAAAGGGACAUCUCCAUAAAGCCAUUAGUGCAGACGUAUAUAGACCUGGAUCACAUUUCAUGACUGCGCAGAAUGUUUUGCAAAUGCAGAAAUAGAAGAGAAGUUGUAAUGGUUUGCUCAAGUCAAGCAGAAGUAUAAAGUGGUCUCUGUGAAGCUCUGACCACCUAGGUGCCUUUUUUUGGAGCACUUUUUUAUUUUAGUAGGAAAUUGUUUUGAUGGAACUAAUUUAUGCAAAUUUUUUUUUUUUUCCCCUUGCAGUUUUUUGUCAUCAAAAAUGUCAAGACAGAAAUUCCAGCAA